GGUCUGUUCUCUGGUAGUACGCACCAAAGCACCAAAAUAGAACUCACACAACAUAAACUUCUGACCAUCUCCAAUCCCAAUCCACUGUCCACUAUCCACACUAUCUAUCUACGCUGUGUUGUAGGUAACCAUAAAUUAAUCGACCUUUGGAAACUUCCCGUCUUCAACUUCUUCCACAGUCGUAAGCCCCUUUCUGACUUACUCCACCAUUUCGUCAAGUACAACAAUACAUGGUUUUUUAUUUCUUUUUCUUCAACUUCGGCUUAGUUGCUCUGGUAUAUACUAUUGCUUUUGCAUUCGCGUUUCAGUUCUCACGGAACAGUAUCCUUUGAAGCGGUGAGCUUCCGCGUUUGCCAACCUCUAACAUCGGGACGCAGCUAUCACGACAUUAAAUUUCCUUUAAUUCUUUACCGUUGUUCGAGUCUUUACAAAGCACCGACAAAAUGAGUAACUACCCUUACGCACCACCUCCGCCUGCUCCCUCGACAGCAUCUCCGAGCCCCUAUCCUCCCUACAGUCAAGGGCCGGGAUAUAGUCAUGCUCCUCCCCGUAACGGUCACACCGGGGCAGCAAGUAGUGGUGGGAACCAUGGAGGUCAUGGCCACCACCGGGGACCCGGUCGCAGCGAAUAUAGUUCUCAUUACUAUCCACAACAGGACUAUUCUAGUAACGGACCGUACAAUUCUCCUCAGCCGACUAGCUAUUGGCAAGGAACACCACCUUCGAGUCACGGACAUCCUAGCGGCUCGUCUCUCCCACCUAACUAUCCUCCUAGCUACGCACCCCAGAGCUAUCACCCACAACCUAGUCAAUCCUACCAAGCACCUUAUCCUGCCCAGUCCUCGCGGCCGGCAUAUGGAGCUCCGUACGGUCAAGGGCCUAACGAGUAUCCUCAGCCUCCGCCGCAAUGGGGCGAGCAAAACCAUUCAUUUUCGUAUUCAAGUCGUGGCGGGCGUGGUGGUUACCAGAGUGAUCGAAGUGGUCCUCCGCGUAACUCUUAUCCUACGACACAUCACCAACCACCAGUACCUCUUCCACAGCCAACUUACGGCUACCCCCCUAGCACGUCCCCGUCGUUCUCGGGACCCCCACAAACUCAUUACGGACCUAACAAUAGAAGCCAUGGUCGUGGCGGUCAUGCUCAUUCUAAUAAGUCUUCGCAUUCUCUGAAUAAUGAUCGUGGUGAGAAGUUUCGCUAUCGUGAUCAGAAGCCACAUGCACCGCAGCCAUUCGCUCAUCAGAAGUCUGAUCUUGCUUCAGCGAAGAAGAAGAAGCGCAAGACCAACACACUGGGACUAACCCCAGGCGAUGAAGAUUCGGAUGAUGGCGUUGACGAGGAGAAGCGUCUUGUGGAGCUGCUUGGCGCCGAUGCUCCUGGUAUACCUGAUGGUGACGUGGCAAAAUGGAUAGCAGCCCGUAAAGCAAAUUUCCCAACCCAAGCUCGCAUUGCACAGAAGAAAGAGUCUGGAUUGUUGGCUCAAGCGUCUAACAACAACGACAAUAAAGAACCUGCCGCUGUUGAGGUUGACCCAGUUGAGAAAGAAGCGGAUCGCCUACGCAAGCGGUUGGCGAAGCUUGACCGCAAGAUCGAGAAGCGUAAACGUGCCCCUAACGACGAAGGUGAUGAGAUGCGAUCUGAGUCUUCAGAUGAUGAAUCAGAUGAUGAGAAGCCUGAAGCCCUUCCUACUGCUAAGCCUACCUCCGGAUUCUUGCCCCCUCCGCCUAUUACACGGGCUGACCCUUCAAACCACUGCAAAUAUUACUCUACGGGAGGCAUAUGCGGUAAGAAGGGCAAAUGCCGAUUCGUACACGACCCUGCUGUUCGUGAGGCUGCUCUUCAGGAACGAACUAGAAAUAAUGGGCAGAUGACUCUUAAGCAACGUCUUCUUUUAAAUGACAAAGAUCAAGACGACAUGGAGGUAAUCAAAACCAUUGUGGAUAUGCGUUGCAAUGGACGCCUACACGAUCCUCAGCCAGCCCCUGCUCGCCCCGAACAGAAAGCUAGUCUCCCCGUUCAUUCUUCACUCCCCACUACGGGUGGAGAGGCGAAUCUACCUCCAAAUCCAUAUGCACACCUCAAGAACGCAGACGGAAUAUCGCGGUACCGCAAGCCCAGAUUCUAAAGACAGUAACCAUUUCCCGAAUCCGGGUUUCCGGCAUUUUGCAAUGCGCAAAAGCAAUGAAUUUCUUAUCAAUGUGAUGAGAUCUAUCAACACGUAAUGCUGCUGUGUGGCAUGCAUGACUUGCUGUUUUCACGGAUGAGUAUCCACCAAGGAAAAUGAAGACGAGUUAUCGAUACUAGUUCGACAUGUUGCUCGCUUCAUAAAUAACUGAGAUGGAAUCAUCACCAUCCAACCUAAUUUGCAACACAAUCAUCAUUUUCCUUCGCCGAUUCUGCCGAUUAGCAGUACGAUUAUGAUCACCAAUUUUCCCGCAUUCCAGUUUGCUUCAUGUUUAUGCGUUUUUGAUUUUCGUCAUUUUGGUACGGUCACUCGAGCAAAAUAAUUGCUUGGUAGGAUGUAGCUUUCACAGCAGCUUUUUUCACAAGACUUCGAGUUUCGGAUGCGGCGAGAAAGUUCUUCAACUUCCACAGAAUGAUUCAUUUCAUCUCUUCCCCCGAUUUACUUACAGGCGAUUUCCUAAUACCGAUAGGGUUAAAAAAGGGUUUGUAAGGUCAGGUAGGGAUGGCAAAAGGAAGGACGGAUAAAGGCGUUAGUUUUUCAAAGUUGUCCAAGGUUUUAAUCCUGACUACCUCGAACAGGUAGUAGAGUGUAAGAAUAGGAUUUAAAAUACCUUAGUGUGUCUUGAGUUAAUGAUUAUACCUUAUAUAAUCCA